CAUUAUUCGGCGCAGAUUUGCGAUUUCGCUUUUGAACACCUUUGCUGCAAAAAGUCGCACCCCUCCAAAUCUCAAACGCACGUGCCAAAGACUGCUGGGGCUACCGACUCUGAUUCUCUGUAUAUUCCCUGGCCUUGUAAAGGCUGCGUCCGAACCCCUCGACCUCUUCAUCCUGCGGCAUGUCCGCAACGGCUUCUGGCUCCAACGCGAGGGCGAAUGGCUCUGCCCAUUCACGAGAACACAAUCAGGGAAACCAAGAACGGAAAUGGACUCCACAACAGAAGGCCGAAGUGAUAAGAAUACGGAGAUGUAGUCCUACGGCUUUCUACGAGAUCCUCGCGAUCGAGAAAACAGCAAGCGAUGGAGAGAUCAAGAAAGCCUACCGCAAAAUUAGUCUGUUGACACACCCGGACAAAAAUGGAUACGAUGGCGCCGAUGAGGCUUUCAAGAUGGUCUCGCGCGCAUUCCAAAUACUCUCAGAUGCGGACAAGAAAUCGCGAUAUGAUCAGUUCGGUGGUGAUCCUGAUAACCGCUUUUCCAGCAGUGGAGCUGCCGGCGCAGGAGCCAGUCCAUUUAGUGGGUUCGCAAGAUCGCCUGGAAGAGGACCUAUGUAUGAGGAUGAGAUAUCACCAGAGGAGUUGUUCAACAGGUUCUUCGGCGGUGGCAUGGGACCCGGGUUCCAAUUUGGCGGCGGCUUCGGGGGACCUCAAUUCGUCUUUAAUAUGGGCGGCGGCCCCGGUUUCACAGUACAUCCCAUGGGCGGCACCAGACCGCGAGGGAGGCCGAGAGAUGCACGGUCAGAAACUGCGCCCACAGGCUUAUCGGCAUUGACACAACUAUUACCACUGCUACUGCUGUUUGUUCUUCCACUGUUAUCAUCAUUCUUCACUGGAUCCUCCAAUUCAGGCCCGCAUGUUCGAUACGACUCCCCCGUUCCGCCGCACACGAUGCAUCGAGUGACGCCCAGGUAUCACAUCGAUUAUUUCUUGAAUCCAGCAGAGGUGGAAGGAUACACGUCAAGACAAUUUAGCUCACUAGAUCAACGGGCGGAAGUGGAUUAUGUCUCAACGUUGAAGUAUCAAUGCGAGAAUGAGGUACAACGUCAGCGGCACGAGAUCAAUGAAGCGACAGGUCUCUUCUUUACAGACGAGAACAGAUUAAAGAGGGCCAGGGAGAUGGCGAUGCCCGGCUGCCGUCGGUUGGACGAGUUGAAAGUCAUCCGUCAAUACUAGUUAUGGAGCGGAAAUGUCGUAUGACUUGCUUGUUCGUGCUUGCUUAGGGGAAUGCAUCGUUUUUGUUUGGUGUUGGUGGCGCCCCUGUUGGCCAGUCCAGGGAGGGAGCCUGCAGGUGAACUGUCUAUCUCUUUGAAAAGGUUUGCUACCUUACGGAAUGGAGAAAGUGGUCCUUCAAGCCGCAUCGUUUCACCUGUAGACAGAGGCUCCAGGCAGCAAAGUGCUUAGGAAUGCCUGGAGUAACAAGGCAGCAAACUAGGUUGCGCGGGGGCGGCCACGCCCCGGUGGCUGCACUAUCUCCGAUCCACUGAUUCUAGUCUCU